AUGCUCUACUCAAACUUUCCGCCCAUAUUGUGAGUUUUUUUUUCUUUUUUAACACCACGAGAACCGUUUUCAGUUCUCGGUUUGCAUUAAAGGCAAAUGUGCACCAAGUUGGGGAAACUCAUUGGCAAUUAUUCAACGAGUGCAGUCAGGGAAUGCUUCAGUCAUUCAUCGGAUCGUUGAACACUCGCGGAUAUCCGGAUAGGCACUGUCUCAGUGAGUCCACGUACAAAAUUUCGAACAAAAGUAUCAAACAAAGAAUUUCCUUUGUUAUACCAAUGAGUCAUCUAGAGAAAGAGUUUGCGUUCCGUUCUGUUCACGAACGUAAGCAUGGGAAUUGGGAGUGAGCGAAUAUAUCAUGUUUGCAGCCGAUUGGAACGUUGUGGGAGAGUGGGAUGGGAAGUUUCGCUUACAACAUGCCCAGUCGAGAAAAUUUGUAUGUUUUAACAAAAGAGCCAGGAUUACAUUGAGAGUGAGCAAUAGGAAAAAAAGAUGUAUGUGAUAAUAAUCUCUAUUUCAGUUUAAUGGCUCGGAUUCCAAAUGCACUUUCAUAGAAGAGAUCCAUGAUAAUGGAUUUUCAAGGUUCCGAUCAGCUUGGAAACCAGAUUUAUAUUUAGGUAAGCUUUCACCGCUAACACUAACUUUUAUUCUCUUUCUAGGAUUCAACGGGCGUGGCAGGUUCCAAAACCCUCUUUCCUACCACUUAAAACCCCGUUGCUUUGA